UCGAAACAAUUCUCUUCCCAAAGCCAAUCUCCAGAUUCUCCGGUCACAAGGAAAAUGUCAGGAUCAAGUGAUGUUUCUCGGAGCUUGUGGCUGGCACAGAAUCCGAGCAAGAGAUGGGGGGAGCUCUUCUUCCUCUUCUACACUCCUUUCUGGCUCACUCUGUCCUUGGGAAUCAUUGUUCCUUACAAGCUUUACGAGACGUUCACGGAGUUGGAGUAUCUGCUUGUGGCCUUGGUUUCAGCUGUUCCCGCUUUCGUGAUACCAAUGUUACUUAUUGGAAAGGCCGACAGAGGCUUAUGCUGGAAGGACCGUUAUUGGGUUAAGGCAAAUCUUUGGAUACUUAUUUUCAGCUAUGUGGGAAACUACUUUUUGACUCACUAUUUCUUCCAAGUUCUUGGAGCGUCAUAUACUUUUCCGUCGUGGAAAAUGAAUAAUGUGCCUCACAACACAUUCUUCAUGGCACAUGUUUGUUUCCUCUUUUAUCAUGUUGCAUCCAACAUUACUCUUCGAAGGCUACGACAUUCCAUUUCUGAUUUACCAGAUUCUCUGAGAUGGUGUUUUGAGACUGCAUGGAUAUUGGCCUUUUCUUAUUUCAUUGCAUACCUGGAGACUAUUUCUAUUGUAAAUUUUCCUUACUAUGAAUUCGUGGACCGAAGUGCCAUGUACAGAGUUGGAUGUUUGUUCUAUGCCUUGUACUUCAUUGUGAGCUUUCCAAUGUUCUUCAGGAUGGAUGAGAAAUCAAGUGAUGAAUGGGAUUUGUCACGUGUGGCUAUUGAUGCUUUAGGUGCUUCUAUGUUAGUAACGAUCAUUCUUGAUCUAUGGCGCCUAUUCUUGGGACCUAUAGUGCCCAUACAAGAUGGAAAAUGUUGCCUUCAGCCUGGAUUACCAUGGUUCUCCCACUGAAGGUUGAAAUAUGGCUGCUUCGACCAGUCUGCACUUUACAGAAUUUGGAAGUAUGUGAUACGAUUAUACUUUUUUAUUUUUUCCUUGUGCCUGCUGCUUUGAUACAUUUUAUCCAGUUCCUACUUGAUAUGUUUUACUUUACUAUGAGAGGUCUGGUAGAUUUUAGAUAUCUGAAAGUAUGUAAAUCCAAAUGAACACCGAAACAGAGUAUAACUUUGAAUCAUCACGAUCUUGAGC